AUCACGUACGGUUCAGAACGCGCUUCACCCAAACGCUAGCAUCCUUUGAAAAGGUUUUUUCAAAUUAUUGUUGUUGUUUCCACCGUGAUAUUUGGUGUUUUGUGUGUGUCCUUUUGACUGCCUCCCCCCGCAUACCACUGCCUGAGUUAUUUAGCUCUUGCAAUGCGGUAUAGCACAUCGGAGAUAAAUUGAGAACGAAUAUAGCUUCAAAAAAUUAAAAAAAAAAAAAAAAAACAAUAACAACAAAAGGUUGUUUUGCAGAAGGGAUUGUAACACAUCCGAUUGAUUGAAAGGCGGCUCUUUUGUAUUCCCGUUCGUUCGUUGGGUCGGUCGGUCGGUCGGAUGGUCGAUUGGUUAAACCGUCAAAAAGUUUAGUCAGUCAGUUGAUGGCGGUGCGAGAGCUUUUAAAAUAUUCGUCAGUCCUUCGCUUACUUUUUGUGUGUAUAAAUGUGACCCAAUGUGUUCGGAUGUGGCACAGAAUUUAAUAGAGUUUCAGUUUUCCGACGGUUAAUGAUAAGAUUGUUGAAAAGAAACGUAAAGUGUGCCUACGGUUGAGUGUUUGUGUGCGGCAAAUGGAUUUGGCAUUCGUUUUUCAUUUACGUGAUGCGGAUAAUCGUUGUGAAGUAGAUUUGUCAUUCAUUGUGUUGACAAACGAAAUAUAUGGAGGAGAAAGACAUAUGUAACGGCAUACAGUCAUAAACAUACAUAUAUUGCAAGAAAAGAUAACAAAAAUUAUCCAAAUUUAAUAUACACAAGUGAUGAUGGAAAAAGUAGAUACAAUUAAUUUAAUCAAUUGCCAUUAAUAAGUGUUACGAGAAAAAAAAAAAAAAAAAAAACAAAAUAAACAAUUCCGAUUCCUAUUUGUGUCAAUUCAAAAAUACAACGAUUAAUUAUUUAUUUAAAUUAAUAUCAAAUGAAAAUAUAUAAAGAACAACAACGCAAUAGAAAUUAUUAACCAUUUUCAUUGAAUCCAAAAUCGCGCCAAUAUCAUUGGAGAGAAAGUGCAUUUAAUUUUACGAAUGAAAGCAAAACAAACAAACAAUCAAAAAAAAAAAAAAAAAUAAAUAUAUAAGUGUGUAAAUAAUACAAAUAAAUCUCCGAAAUAAAAACAACACGAACAACGCAAACGAAAGGCCAACAUAGCGUGAAAGAAACUCACUCACAAACGCACGGUGUGGAGUUUACUUAACUUCCGGCAACGAGGUCGUAACUCAGAACGCUGCAGCACGUGCUUAGUGAUAAUGACAUACAUUUCGUGUAAUUAAAUUUACUCUGUUUAUAUCGCACUUCGUCUGUUUGGCGCUGUCUGCUCGCUGCCGCUGGGUCAGUGAUUUUGUGCCGACGUCACAUCGCUGUUCUCGCCACAACGUGUACAUCGUGUUGUGCCGGGCUGCCCGAGGAUAUUAGCAUCACACUCACACGCACAUCUCUUUACGAACACUCUUAAUAGGAGUUGAAGGAGAAUUACCGCUAGACAAAAGGGAUUAGAAUAAUAUUGGAUGGAUAACAAACACUGCGAAGUUUUAACAAAAUAUGCAGGUUUGACAAUUUCGGCCCAUUAGCGCCCAAAAUAGUUGAAAUUACCCAAAGCAUGUGGAGAGUUCAGGAAAAGAAUGGACACCAAGAAAGAUGUCGAACAAACGAUAGGCAAUUCCUGGACAAAUAUAGAGGACGCCACAGAGCGGGGAGGAACGUAAUCCUCUCGCUUCACAGCCCCAUAAUGACCAGAUGUUUUCUAUGCAUUGUUGUUGCGUUCAUCCUAACUUUAACGGAUGCCUCCAAUUACUUUGACACCCAGGGACCGAACUUUUCACAUGAGCCUCCGAGUCGCAUUGAGUUCACCAACACGGCGGGGAACAUUGCUGAUUGUAUAGCGCACGGUAAUCCACCACCAAAUGUCGAGUGGUUAGACAAGGAAAACAAUCCUAUCACUUCCAUCUCAAAGGUUCGACACAUCCUAGCAAAUGGAUCUCUUUAUUUCCCUCCUUUUGAAGCGGACGAAUUUCGGCAGGAUGUGCAUUGGUCUGUAUAUCGGUGCGUUGCAACCAAUGCCGUGGGGUCUAUAGUUUCUCGUGAUGUUGUUGUUAAGGCUGUUGUAAAUCAACGUUAUGAACCAGAAGUACAAAAUCCAGGCGGCUUCAUUGGCAGCAAUGUUUUAAUCAAAUGUAACAUUCCUUCAUUUGUGAAGGAGUACGUAACGGUGACCUCUUGGCUACAGGAGCCAAACUUUAACAUUUAUCCCUCGCUAGAGGGAGAUGGCAAAAAUCAUAUGCUUCCGACCGGAGAGCUGUUGGUCUAUAACAUUACACGCACGGAUGCCCUCAAAAUUUAUCGCUGCCGAACACAUCACAAAUUGACACAAGACUCGGUUGUAAGCAGUAAUGUUGGCAAAAUUCAAUUGACCGAAAUGCGGGAGCUGGUUCCACCGAUAAUGAACGAAAAAGUUGUCAGCAUUACAGCAAGGAUGGGCGAUCCGGUGGUGGUACCAUGUGUGGCUUAUGCAAAUCCCAAGCCGGUAUAUCGCUGGCAUACGAAACGUGCAAACAACGAAGAAUCCAUACAACACUUACUCGCUACAGGCCGGGCGAAAAUAAAGGAUGGUACACUCAUCAUAACAGCGGUAGACAAGACGGACAAUGGAGCUUUCUUUUGCACUGCCACCAAUUCGGAGGGCAGUGAAACACUUGAGGUGCAAAUGUCCGUCACAUCGCCGCUCACUGCGGCCAUCCAACCUACUGUCCAAACUGUGAAUUUGGGAAAGACAGCGGAUCUGAUUUGCAGCAUAUCAGGUUUUCCCAAACAGAGCAUUUCCUGGCUCAAGGAUGGCCAUCCACUGCGCGCCGGUGCCCGGGUUCGAUUGCUUUCCAAAGAACAUAUGCGUAUUACGUCCAUCACCAAGGAGGACAAGGGUAUGUAUCAGUGUAUGGUGAAGAACGACUUGGAAUCUGUACAGGCCACUGCCGAACUAAGGCUGGGAGAAGUUGCACCCCAGCUUAUCUACAAAUUCAUUGAACAGACCAUGCAGCCCGGACCCUCGGUCUCAUUGAAAUGCAGCGCAACUGGCAAUCCAACACCGAAAAUUGUUUGGCAUUUGGACGGGUUUCCAUUGCCUAAUAAUGACCGACUUAUGAUUGGACAAUAUGUUACCAUGUUCGGUGACGUCAUUAGUCACGUUAAUAUUUCUGCAGUCAAAUCGGAAGAUGGUGGCGACUACGAAUGCAAAGCAAUUUCUCGAGCAGGUGAAGCAUCACACACUGCUCGACUGAAUAUUUAUGGUAUGCCCUAUGUACGACCCAUGCCCAAGUUGUCUGCUGUAGCUGGAAAAUCGUUUUUCCUCAAAUGUCCUGUGGCAGGAUAUCCCAUCGAUAGCAUUAUCAUAGAAAAAGAUGGCGUCAAACUACCCACGAACAUAUGACAGCGUGUCCAAAAUGGCACGUUGCUCAUUGAGAACGUCCAACGAACAGCCGACCAGGGCACCUACACAUGCAUUGCUCGCAACAAGCACAACUACACGUCGCAGCGUUCAGUCGAUGUCAAAGUCCUGGUUCCGCCUCGUAUAUCGCCUUUUAGCUUCGAGGAUGAAAUAACGGAAGGAAUGCGGACCCAACUGAUGUGCUCUAGCAGCCAAGGCGAUCAGCCAUUUAAUAUAACGUGGCUGAAGGACGGUGCUCCCAUACAUAGUGGUGGCAAUUCGGCUGGCAAUCAUCAAGACGUUCAUGGCGGCGGCAUGGGAGGAAGUACAAACAAGGCUCCGGAUCCCUCGUUGACUAUUAACGAAUAUGCUCCGUUUUCCAGCAUUCUAUCGAUCCACAAUGUUACAUCGCGCCACAACGGCAACUACACCUGCCGGGUCACAAAUCGUGCUGGAUCGGUCGAAUACACGGCAAUGCUGUCCGUGUCCGUGCCACCCCGUUGGAUCAUCAAGCCUACGGAUCAAGACGCCAUACUUGGUAAUCCGAUUAUUCUAAAAUGCCAGGCCGACGGAUUUCCGAUACCAACGCUGCAAUGGAAGCAAUCAAUUGGUGACUCGGGGGAGUAUCGCGAACUGAGCUACAGCAUGGGAGGUGGCAAUUCAAAGGCGUUGAUAGAAACGCACAGCAACGGAUCGCUGAUCAUUCCGAAAGUCGGCCGGGAACAUGAAGGUAGCUAUUUGUGUCAAGCUAACAAUGGUAUCGGUGCGGGCUUGAGUCAACUCAUUAAGGUGACCGUUCAUGUGGGACCCACUGUGACCGUGUCCAAAAAGCAGGUGACAGUCCGAAGAGGUGAUCGUGUAACACUCAGAUGCGAGGCUGAUGGUGACCAGCCACUCGAUGUGUCUUGGCGAGCCAAGGCCAACCGGAUUGAUCCUUCAUUUGAUGUUCGCUACCAUGUCAAAGAUUCUCCCCUGAGCAGAGGUGUGGUGUCUGAACUGACAAUCCUCCAGACAAUCCUAAGUGACCGCGGCGAAUACACAUGUAUUGCGAGCAAUGCAUACGGACAUGAUCGGGCUGUUAUCCAUUUACAGGUUCAAGAACCACCAAACUUUCCGGUGAAUUUACACGUCACCGAUCUGGGAAGUCGUUCGGUGACAUUGGCCUGGUCACCUAACGAUCAAGAUACGGUGUCUUUGGGCGGAAACAAUCGAGACUCCCAGCCGAUUUCGAACUAUAUACUACAGUAUAAGAAGGCAGGCGAUGUGUGGCAUGAGGGCAACAAUCAAAAGCUUCUUCCUGGCGAUAAGACCACAGCGCAAAUUGGAUCCCUGCGCCCGGCGCAAGCUUAUCAUUUUCGCUUGUAUGCGGAAAAUCAUUUGGGCACCAGCGCUCCCAGUGAUAUUUUACUUCUGCAAACUGAUGCCGAGGCACCGAGCGGCAGACCCCAAGAUGUGUCGGCCGAACCCUUGGGACCACAGCAACUGUUGAUAACGUGGCGACCUCCCGAACGGGAUACAUGGAAUGGAGAACUUUUGGGCUACACCAUAGCUUAUCAGAAACACGGCUCUACCGAUAGCUUUCAGAAUUUCACGAAAGUGAGCAGUCUUGGUGGCGAAGGCUUAAAUGACUUUCGCCUGACCGGUUUGGAGAAAUACACACAGUAUGCCGUCACUGUGUCUGCGUUCAAUGUCAAAGGUGAUGGUCCGCCCAGUGAGGUGGCAUUGGGCCAUACCUUGGAGGAUGCGCCAUCUGCGCCUCCGCAAUCGGUGACCUGUAUUGCGUUGACAGCUCAAAACAUACAAAUCUCCUGGCAACCACCGCCCAAGGAAAACCAUCAUGGUGUCAUCCAAGGAUACAAAGUUCUAUAUGAGCCCGGGAAUUUCGAUUCCGAAUAUGGAAGCAGAGAAACUAAAAUCACAUCGGCUCUGAGCACAGUCCUGCACGGCCUACAACCCUUUACGAACUACAGCGUUCAGGUUUUAGCAUUUACCCGAGCCGGCGAGGGUGUUGUCAGUGCAACGGUGUCGUGCAUAACGGAAGAAGCCGUGCCCGAUGCACCCGAAAGAGUCAAGUCUGUUGUCAACUCCGAGUCGUCUGUCAUUAUAAGCUGGUUGCCACCGAGGCGACCCAAUGGCGUUGUCACCAAGUACACAGUCUACAUACGCAUUCUCGACAAAGGCCAGGAGUUGAAAAUUCUCAAGGAAGUGCUGCCAUCACAGAACCGGCAUUUCGAGGCCAAAGACUUAUCGACACGAGAAACAUACGAAGCAUGGGUGACUGCUUCGACCAGGGUCGGUCAGGGCCCCAGUACGCCCGUUAUUAAACUGGUGCCCAGCUCUACGGUGCCGGCUGCUAUUAUCUCCUUUAGUCAAACUCUGAGCGUCAGUUGGAGGGUUGACAUGAAGUUGCCUUGUUUAUUUGUAGGAUCGCCGAAACCCAAUGCCGAGUGGAAAGUUCUAAACGCUCGGGCAAAAAAACAUUUCCGCCUGGAAGUUAGCAACGACAAUACACUGACACUGCGUAGCAUUCAGAGGUCACACGAGGGCAAUUAUUCCUGUGUUGUGAGAAAUGCCAUAGGUUCAGACCACAUUGUCUAUCAGCUGUUCGUGCAAGUUCCACCAUCUGCACCUGUCAUCUCAGUUAUUGGUACCACCACCAAUUCGGUCUCUUUGCAAUGGAAAGUCGACGACAUUGGUGGUGCACCGUUGAGAGGAUUCACAUUGACGUAUCGCAAGGAGUUUGGAGACUGGGAGGAAAUACAACUGGAUCGUCGAGUGAAUUCCCAUCUUUUGGAGGGAUUACAGUGCGGAACGAGAUAUCAAUUCACAUUGGUCACAUUCAAUAAAAUCGGCACAAGCGCAACCAGCUCCAUCGAAGUGGGAAAAACCAAAGGAAACAAACCCGUUGCCCCCACCAAACAUAGCCUGAUAAGACCGAACAUUACUUCAGCGCUGAUAGAACUGUCGUCGUGGCAGGAUGGCGGCUGUCCAAUUCAAUAUUUCAGUAUUGAGUUCAAACGAUACGGUAUCUCCAGCGACUGGAUUAUCGUGUCCAGUCGCAUUGAGACCCACACACGCUACACUAUUGGCGACUUGGAGUCGGGAACCAUAUACAAUUUACGUGUGACGGCCCACAACAAUGCCGGAUCCACCAUCAAGGAGUACACCUUUGAAACAUUGCGUUUUAGCGGAAUGUCUCGUGACUUGGAUCAGAGUGAUAUACCCCAAGUGAAUUCCUUGUUUAGAGAUGCCCAUUUGAUAGCGGUGAUUAUAACAUCCGUUUUCGGCACGAUAUUGGCUCUGAUCGGAGCUUGUAUAUGUUUCAAGAACUACCCGCGACAUAUAUUUUCACGCAAUGUGGACACGCUGAGGCCGCCCGGCAACGAGGGAAAGGAUCUACAACACCGUGAGCAAUAUUAUGGUACGAUGCGCAAAUCGUGUCAGCAAUCACCGGGAGAUUCGGUUGUUGCACUUGAGCGCAUACCUGAAUACUCUGAAGAUAUAUAUCCUUAUGCUACAUUCCAUUUACCAGAACACGAGAACCAGUCGGCCAAUAUUCCGCUUAACCGCAAGGGCAUGCAGCCGGCCAUGUACGAUCCACGCAGCGGUGACGACAACACACUCUCCAAUACGGGUAUGAAGGUCAAACGUUCGGUAUCGGGCAGUGGCAAUAUAUCCAUGGGAGGUGGGGAGUGCAGCCACACCAGCACCGAGAAGCGCCACAAGCGACGUUCCAAGACCAUCAAAUCGGAGUCCGAGGAAUACGACAGCCUAAACAGCGACAGUGAUUUGAGCGGUGAGCGAAUACGUGACGACAACCGGAGUACACGAACGGACGCCUCCAGUCAGAUGGACAAUUCCGCCUACAACAUCCACGGCCACAGCCCCCGCAGCGGUAGCAGCAACAAAGAACGCCUGUCGGUAUUUAGCAGGCCUCAACUUCAUAGUAACAGCGUGGACGCGGUGCCGCUCGACUACCGGCUCUUUGACCCGCCACCAAAACAGCGCAAACAACAGCAAUCAACCAAUGGGAAAGCAUCAUCCCCCAAAUAUCAUCAGCGACAAGCUUCAGACGAAUGUGCCAAAAAUUCAACCAACAAUACAAAUUUGUCCGGCAGUAUAUCCGGUAAAGUUCGAUCAAAAGCUGCCGAUAAUAAUUCCAACAGCGGAAACAGCCUCGCCGGUGAAUUCCAGUGUGCGUCUAACAGCAUCCCCUCCCCGCAUAUUGUCCAGUCGGGCUCCUAUGUUGAAAUUCUAAAGCAGGCCACAAAUUCUACGCCGCCUCAAGCUAUGCCAUCACACGAACGUCUCGCCAGCCACAACAAGGGUUCCAUAAACUCGGCCUCGUCCCUGGCUUGCCACAACAAAAGCUAUGGCGACUUUCUUACCAUUACCCCCCGACGCAAGGGUAAGCAACUCUCGGCUGAGCACAAGACUGCCAUGGGCGAAGGACACGACAAUUAUCGACAUCACCUACCACAUAGCAUAGAACCUCUUCAUCUGCUGGGAAUUCCUAACGACAAUAUGUCCACAUUCUUCGACUACCGAGCCAUGGAAACACUCAGCAAUGCAGAUACUCUGGCCAUUGGAUCCACCAUGGCCGGCCAUUUGUACCCCUCCAAGGGCAGCAAACAAUCUAUUCAAGGCUCCGGACCUGUCUCGACCGAUCGCCAGGUGCCGGACGAGUUCCAUCACAUUAUCAGCGAGAAAAACUUGAGCCCUCCGUCAGCAUUUUGUGAUAACAUAUCAUCUUUGAACAAAGCAUAAGACUUUGUCAGGCCUAGCAUGACUGACCAGAACUGCAAUUAUUGACAUAUCCGAGGAUCCUUGAGGUGCAUUUAAAAAAUACAACAACACAAAUCCCCAAUAACAAUACAAUACAACGCAUAUCUUCCUAAAGUUCUGAACAAAUUCAAGUGGAUAAACAACAACAACAACAACAAAACACUAGCCAAAUAUUAAACUACAGAGACAACGGAAACUACAAUUGCAUUUAGAUCGUAAGCGCAGCAUUUACGUACUUUCUAUUAACAUACAUACAAACAAGCAAAGCAAAACAAAAAUCGUAUAAAAAUAGAAAUUAUUUGAAGACAGACUAAAUUUAAGAAACCAUUUCAUACAAAAUACACAGCAAACAUACGAACACACUUACACAAUAGUUUCGACAACACGUUGACAAGACAUGCCCUUGCAAACAUUUGUAAGCGUCAAAAGAAACUCGAAACCGUAACAAUUUAAACGAAAGGAAAAUAAAACGAUAGAAACAGCGUGCCAAGGCCUAUUAUAUAGGUCGUCCGAUUAGCCCAGCUGAUUUCACCCGUUCUGUCAAAAUACAUUUGUUUAUACUAGGAAUUCGCCGAAAAAAUUACAUUCUGCCUGUCUGGUUAUUUUCCUGCAGUAAUUGUCCAGGAUUUUCUUAUCUUUUGCUAAAAAAAAAAAAUAGAAAUGAAGUACACACAAAAUUUAAAAUGAGCCGUAAAACUAAACAAUUAAGGUGAGAAUACAUAAAAGGCUUCUUUGACUGGCUAAAGUCAUCGGUUGGCUUCUUCGGAAAAUAAUAAUAGAGCAUCGGGUCAAUUUCGAACUAAAUCAACAUAAAACGCCUUCAAUCCUUUCCGAAGAAGUCAGCCGAUUAUCAAAAUAUAUGUUUUAUAUGUGCUUCUCCAAAUAUAAAUCACCGAAAGAAGAAAAAUAGCAAAUGAUUGCAAGAAGAAAUUUGUUACAUAGGUACACAGACAAACCUAAUUCUGUUUAAAACCCGUUAAAAAUUUUGUUAAAAUCUUAAAAAUACCGAAUGUUUAUACGACGACGUGGGCCUGCAUAGGCAACUUUUGUCAUAAAUUAUUACAAUAUUUAAAUGCGAAACUUGAAGAAAAAUCUGUUUAUAAUGUAGCUAAAAUCGUCAAAAUACCGAAUAUGGGAAGUACCGUUAUAUGGGGGCUAUACGAAGACGUGGACUUGCACAGACAAUUUUCUGGCAUGGGCUGAAGUAUCCAUUACGAACUUCACAUACGAAAUUUGAAACAAUCCCGGUAAAUAACGUCGCUAAAAUCAUUAAAAUACCGAAUAUCGGGGGGUACCGUUAUAUGGGGGCUAUAUGAAGACGUGGACCUACAUGACCCAUUUUCUGUUUUAUGCUGCAGUAUCUAUUACGAACUUCAAAUACCAAAUUUGGAACAAUUCCGC